AUGUGUUCAUCCUCAGGCCUGCUUUCUGCAAUCCUCCUGGGCUACUUCCUCCGCCUGUUGCAGCUGCUCUCCACCUGCCUGGCCUUCUCCCUCGUGGCCAGUGUGGGCACUUGGAUGGGGGCCGUAAGUAACUGGUCCAUAUUCAUCUGGUGCUUCUGCUUUCUUGUGACCCUCAUCAUCCUCAUAAUCGAGUCCUGUGGGCUCCAGUCCCGCUUCCCCUUCUCCUGGUACAACUUUCUCAUCACCUAUGCCUGUUACGCUGCCCUCCUCUGCAUCUCGGCCUCCAUCAUUUACCCCAUCACUUACAUCUGGUUCUUCCCCCAUGGCCGCUCCCAGGAUCAUGCCAUCGCCGCCACUGCAUUCUCCUGCAUUGCUGCUGUGGCUUAUGCCAGCGAAGUGGCCUGGGCUCGGACCUGGGUCUGGCUAGGCGUGAUCACCGGCUACAUGGUCACUGUGCCAGGACUGCUCAAGGGGCUGGAGGCUUUCGUGGCUGCUGUCAUCUUCGCCUUUAUCAUUGACAGCCACCUGUACCUGCACCAGCCGGCCCUGGUGUGGUGCGUGGCCGUGUACUCCAUCUGCUUCCUCCUGGCAGCCACGGCCCUCCUGCUGAACUGGUGUGACUGUGACAACAGGCUGCCCGUUGCCUUUCCCACUUUUCUUCUGGGGCUGACCCUGCUCUCCGUCCUCCUCUACACCAGUGCUCUGGUCCUCUGGCCUCUCUACCAGUUUGACGAGCAGUUUGGUGGCCAGCCGGAGCGGCCGCGCUGCAACGACGGGCUCGUCUACUCUGUGUGCACCUGGGACCAGCAACUGGCUGUGGCCGUCCUGACAGCCGUCAACCUGCUGGUUUACGUGGUCGACCUGGUGUUCUUGGCCCACAUGGUUUUUUCAAGGACUGAGGAUCAGCUCAGGGGCUCCCAGUUCCCUCUUCUUUACAAGUCAUGA